AUGCGACUGGCGAUUUUGCUGGCGUCGGCAGCGAUUUUAGCAUUAGCCGACUACCCAGAAGAUCCAUACGCCGUCCUCGGCCUCAGUCGGCGCGCUUCGCAGAAAGAAGUCAAAAGUGCCUACAAGUCUCUUGCCAAGGAGUGGUGAGUAUCUUCUUCGAAGCUUGAUUCUUCGUUUACAUCGAGCCAAGUGUUUUUCUUUCUUCCAAAAGUUCUUUUCCUCAGUUCUACUCAUUUUUAGGCAUCCCGACAAGAACCAGAGUCCCGAUGCUUCGGAGAAGUUCAUGGCAAUCAGUAAGGCGUAUGAAGUGCUGUCUGACCCUCUGAAGAGAGAAAGAUACGACAAAUUUGGCACUUUUGACGAGAGUCCUCAGGGUCGCAACGCUCCUGGAGCCGGUUUCGAUCCGUUUGUAAGUUUUCGUCAUACGUCGGCUGGAUCCCACCCCAGCCUUUUGCGCGCGAAAAAAAAAAUUGAAAAUGUACAGAAGUAGGCCGCACUUUUCGAGGGGUAGGCCGCACGCCGGAGUGGGUUCCAGCCGACGUAUGGUUUUCGUCUUCACUGUUUCUUUUCCCAUCAAGUCGCUUCAAAAAUGUAUUUGUUUCCAGUUCGGUUUUGGGUUCGGCGCAUUUGAGGACGGAUUCUUCGCCAAUCACCGUAUUUCUCUGAGGCAGUACACGCAGACCAUUUUGGAAAAGUAAUUUUUUUUAUUUCUCCUAUUUUUACGUAGCAUUGAAAUUUUCAAGAUUUUUUGGUUACUGGUUUUUUUUCAAGUAAUAAAGUUUAAAUAAUGUUUAACUUGCCAGAUGUUUUUAGGAGUAACGAGCAGCCUUUCAUCAUUUACGCCUACUCGAACUACUGUCAACUCUGCUUCCGGCUUCAGAACGUGUGGAAGGCUGCCGUCCACGAUCUCGAGCCCCUCGGUAAGAUUUUUCCGCGAUCUAUUUUACAAAUCUAUUCAGUCCUCAAAGUAGAUUUUUCGAGCACUGCUCAUAUUCUUUUUCGAUCUUUUUUUCAUAUUUAUUUCGGUCUUUUUUUUUCAAAAACUCGCUUCUCUUUAUUUCAAGGUUUUCUUGUUGCAACAGAAGUUCUAUUUUCUCCAUAUCUAUGUAUUGCUAGCUAUGUUAAAAAUCAAGUUGCUUCGAUGUUUUUAUGGUCUUUAGCCAAACUGAAGCUGAAAUCGUCUCUACAUUGAGAACCUGAAUUUCGGAAACUGGAUAAAUAGUGAGAAUGAAGAAAUUCCAGUUCAUUUUGAGCUGUUCACACAGACGGGAUCUGUAGAAGGAAGGCUAGAAUUCCUAUAUUUCGAAACUGAAUUUGGUUGCGACGACUCGUUUUUGCCAUACUGUCUGACCUACCUUUCACAAUUUGUUCGAUGAAGCUUAUUGUCAGAUCUUCACGGCAAUGGAAUUUUCAGGCUACGGUAUAGGGACGGUGAAUGCGAUGAGUGACGGAAACUUGCUGGAGAAACUCCGCGUGACGCAGCUGCCGACGAUCGUCGCCGUCGUCGAGGGCCGCGUCGUUCCUCUCCGUCAUAACAUGGUCCACAUCAACGACCGGUUCCUCCUCCGUUCUCCACUUUAGAAUAUCAGUUCUGCAGGAUAAUCCGUCAGUUCGCACAAAAAGUCAUUCCCACCUACUUCAUAACGCGAGUCAAUUCUCAGGCGUCGCUCACGAAGUUUGUCGAGCAGUGGAAGACCAGCAACAAGGUUUUUUUUUGUUUUUAGUUGCUUCUGCCGAUUUCUGAUCGUCUCUCCUUUUCUUUCGGAUCGCGAACAGUUUUUAUACGAUUUUCGAAGCGUUCCUUCAACUUUUCCUCACAUACGAGAAAAAAGGCUCUAGAAGUUGUUUUGAAAUGAAAGUAUUUUAGCACCAAAUGACGUCACACAUUUUCAGUUCGCGACAUUAUUGAAAUUCCAGUCCUAAUUUAAAUUGAGUCUUGCUUUUGACUUUCGUUCAUUCCCUAUCUUCAAAUUUCGACUUUAAAGGUAUCUGUAGUGAUCUUGGGGGCGACACCGGAGCCGCGAACGCGAUAUCUGCUCGCCGCGAUGCUGUAUUCGCAGUUCGCCAGAUUCGCCUAUGUCCAUCUCGGCGACCCAUCUGACGAGGUUUUUCAGCAAAAUUCAUUCCCUAUGAUUCUCUCGGUAAUUUCGAAAGAUGAAAAGUACAUUUUUAUUCUUUUUUCCUCUGCAUGAAUAUCGAAACCCAGGUUGCGAGCCUUCGACAGUCGCUUCUUGUGAAGUGUACUCAAUGCGAGAACGUUCUCAUCUAUAACGAUUUCAAAGAGGUUUUUUCUUCUCUUUUUCUGUUCAUUUUUUUUCUCAGUCUGACGCCGUCGGAAGAUUAUCGAUCAGCCACGCGAAUCAACUCACAAAAGAGAGUUUGGAUUCUCUUAUCGAGAAGCAUAAACUUUUAACGCUUCCAAGGGUUUGUGUUUUCAAAGUUUCACCGCCUUCAGCGUUUACAUACUAAAUCUGAAAUGCUUUUUUUCAAGCCAGUGAGAAAGGAAAAUUUUAUCAAAAAGUUUUUCACAACCGAAGCCUUCUUUCAGGGAAAAGUUGUUUUUUUACAACACAGUAAAUCGUUUUAGUCUAAUAGGCUCUCCAACUCGAACUUUCAGCUUCCUAAAAUCAGCGAUAUCAAAUCUUCAUAUCGCCUGAAAAAUAGUGUUAUGAAAAGCGCUUAGUUCAUUAAUGUAGCUACAUUCACAGGAAAACCUUUUUUCGAAAGUCAUCGCCAUUUUUUUUCAUCUUCGCGCCGAAAAUGGCAGUUUUCAGCUGUCUUCGAUGGCUCUCCUGGACGCGGUUUGUCCUGUUUCGUCGAGAUCGCCCCGUCUUCUGUGUGUCAUUUUGCCCGUGACCUCCAGCGGCGCCGAGGCAGUUCACGUAGACGCCUUCCGGGAGUUCGUCAAGGAGAAUGGCGCCGCUUGGGCCGCCAAAAAGGUUUCUUUCAAAAAAGUCUCUUUUUCAAUUUUCUUUUGAAAGAUCCAUUUCGCCUACGUUUUUGUCGACAAACAGUCGGAUUGGAUGCGGCCGUUCGUCGAGAAGAGAAAAGGACAAAUGUCGGUGAGUUGUUGUGUGGGAGAUUGAAAAAAGAGUACUCAGUAGUUUUUUUUUUGUUUUGAAAACUUUAAUCUUUUUCAGAACUGAAUUUUUUAUGUUAAAUACUUCCAAACGAUGUUUCCUUGUCCGCUUGAUACCUCUUCUACCUUUCAAGAAAGAAAUUUAAGAAAGUUUUUGAAGUUGGUAAAAAGUUGAUAAUCUUAUUCAAAAAGCAAAAUAAGGUGUAAUAAACUGCAAAGAAACAUUUGCACAUGCUAUUUCAUUCUCAGAGUUUUUACAUUUCAACUUUGUGGCCGGAGUUUUUCCAUAAUGAUGAUUUUCGAAGCUUGAUCGUUUCAAUUGCUGUGAACUAAAACUGAAAAUUUAGGAAAAUUCACGCGAUUUGUUAGUUAUCUGGCGUUUGGAGUACGUCAAAGUGAAGUUUGCUUGGCUGGAAGGGGCUUGGACCGGAAGGCGUCAGCAAACGGAAGAGGCUAUAGUCAAAGUGGUCGAGAACAAAAUCCGCCUGGAUGACGUCGCUCGUUUAAGCAUCAUGGUGACCUUCCCGGUCUCGAAACAAGAGUAAACGCGGUUCUGCAGACAAACGAAUACGCGUUAUCGUGGUUCACUCGAUGGUGUCGAGCUCUGUGGCGAAUGCUGGAAACGCUGUGGUUCUACGUCACCCAGGAAGAGGCCUACAUUGUCCUCUCCGCCGUCGGGACUUUCCUUGUUAUCAUGCUCGGCGGCUACGCCCUCAACUACGUCAACCAAUCGGAGGACUUCAAAAAGAAGCCCAAGACGAACAGAACUGAAAAAGACGCCGAUUGGCACCCCGAUGACCCAAAGGUCAAGAAAGACCAGGAGUCUGUGUCGCAGCUCAAGGCUCAGAGGUGAAUUGACGUCGAAAGGCUAUGAAAGGAGUUUGAACAACAGGAUGAUGAGCACAAUGAAGCCGUUGAUGCACGAGCUUCGCGCGGAGACCUAUUUCGGCAUGAUCCGACUUCUGAAACCCGGCUGCCGGUCGCUCGUUCUCAUCGUCGACGAAGAGAGCCAAGAACGUCUUACGCAGCAGUUCGCUCAGUACAUCUACCCCAUUCGCAAGUGAGUUUCUCGAGAAUUUUAUUUUGGCCUUUUAUUAUGUUCUGUUCUUCAAAUAAGAUUAGGGAGGAGACCUAUUUAUUGUUUUCGUCGGUGAGCUCUUUUGAAAAAAAAAAGGGUUCCAUUGAAACUUGUAGCCCCCAAGUAUAAAUUAGAGGUCUUCAACUGAGAGAGCUAGGUUUCCUGAAUGUGAAACUCAUGAGAUUAUCUUUCCAAUAGAUUCUGUGGAUGAGCUAUUUUUUUUCCGUCAACUUUUUCCAUUUCUUGGCUUUUCAGUCUUACUUACAUGGAAAAGCUAGGCUAAAAAUCGUUAAAAUUUAGUUGCAUCUCCUUUAAUUAUUAAAAAAACUAUAUUUGAAUCUUGAUGCAAAUUUUUUUAGAAAAGUAGAGCCUCCAUGAGUUUUUUUUGUUGUUGUUGCAAGAUCACCAAUUUUUCAGCUAGAAGCAAAAAAACAUGAAAAUUAAUAUUGCAAAAUAUUUGUUCACAAAUUAGGAAGCCGUGCAGAUUAUUACUUUCAUGAUCUCGAUUUGAUACACCGAAAGUUUAGUUGAACUUUUUUUUUUCGAGCGUCUGUUAGUUUUUUCUUAGUAUUUUUCUUAUCUGCAUUUUCUUAGUAUCAUCGGGCCGUGAUGUAUCAUUUUUGUUUUCAGCAACAAAACUUUCUCGUUUGGUUUUCUGGUAGUCGACAAGAACCUUCCGUGGUUCCGCAAACUGUUGGAACACACGCUGCCUCUUGGGGAAGAUGCGACACCAAAAGACGGGGAAACGACUCUCUACGAGAAGCUCAAGGUAUUCGCUGAUUUCAUUGAAUAUAUUCAUUAUUCUUUAGUCUAUCAAUCCGCGCCAGACGGUGGGUACAGUUCUCGCCUUGUGUGGCUGGAAACUCUACUUCUCGAUUUACCAUCCGAAGCACGCCGAGUGCAGUCGCCGGUUCCUCGCGGACAGCGACGAGGAUUUUUCCGACAGCGACGACUACGACGGCGUCUUCGGUCGCGGCAGCGAGGAGCUUGGCGCCACUAGAGAAGAGGUCCGCCUGCCCUGAAUAAUGACGCUUCUGUUCCCUGCUGAAGAAUGGAUUAUAAAUCUAGCAAUGAAAACGCUCAAAAUGAGUAUACAUAAGGACAAGGAAUAGCGAGAUAUCAGACCCGCGAGUUUAGAGCCACGCGAAAUCCUGUCAUAUUUCAGAAGGCGCGGCUACAAAGAAACGUUUCGAGGCGCUACGUCAAUGUUGAAAACGUGCUCAACGGCUUCCCGAACUGGCUCGACAGGCUGCUCGAAGGAUCCAUCAGACGGUGCGUCAGCCUAUAUUCAUGAUAGAAAGCCGAGAAAAAAUAACGAGGGUUUCUGCGAGUAGAAUGGUGGUCAGUAAUUAGAUAUGGUAGGGAAACAGCGAAACUUGAGCGUGGAACUCGAAAAAGCUCAUUUGUGAAAAAAAAUAUUGAGAAAUAUUGAGAGCUGACUUUGGAAAUAUGUAGCACCGAAACCGAAAAUUUGCGCAUAUACCAUCUAUGCGGGAUCGAUAUCUGGGCGAACAAACAUUGUUUUUUAGCAAAACCACGGGAAUUAUCUAGCUUCACAUCAAAGUGAUUAUCUUUGUUGAAGCUUUUUUUUUUAAAAAGUUCUGAAUCUCGUCUGCCACGGCUCAAAUUUCGAGCUUAUCUGAGCUCUCAUUUCUCUCUGGCGCUCUUUCUUACGUCCUUCAUUUCAUUCUAAAUUUCACAAAAAUUGCUUCUACCAGUCAAGUAUCUUCAAUUUUUGUAGAUACUACAUCCCGGAAUGGCCGGACAAUCUCAAGUAA